AUGGCCCCGCCGGGCGCCAGCUUGCCUCCGCCCGGCACCGAAUCUCAUUGGGGCCGCCGGGAGCCCAGCCUGGCGGGGGCGUCUCCCGCCCCGCCCCGCCCCGCCCCGCCCCGGCUGCCCCGCGCGCCGGCCCCCGAGCAGGAAGUCGCUCCCGGGCUGCGGCUGGCCGCGGGGGUGUCGGCGUCCCGGACGCCGCCCGCCCUCCCCUCUAGGUGCGCGGCGCUCCCGGUUCACGCUCUCCUUUUCCUCCCCCCUCCUCCCCCAAUGCACGUGAACCUGAGAGCCCAGAGGCCAACCGGCUGUGAGACCCGCCCGGAGCCGCGCUGUGCCCCGGUCGUCCCCAGAGUGCCUGAGCGAGUCGUGGGCGCGCCAGAAAGCCCACUCUCCUCCCGGGCUUUGCCAACCCCACGGGGGCGGGCAUUGCCACUGACAGUAGCACCGGGGGACUCGAGAUAUUGUCACGAUAGGAUGAUGGUGGUGACAACAUCCAGUUCAAGUUCCUCCCUUCCAAAGUUACUAGGUUCCAAAAGUGUGCCUCCCAGGCACAGUGCUAAACUCUUGUGA